GGCUGCUUCUCCGCGACUCCACCCCUCUUGCAGACGAAGGCAUGGCGAGCACCGAGGCUAGAAGGGAGUGUGAGACGGAGGGCUGCAACAAGGACGCCAAACUUCAGUGCCCAACAUGUAUCAAGCUUGGUAUUCAAGGCUCCUAUUUCUGUUCACAGGAAUGUUUCAAAGGGAGCUGGGUGUCUCACAAGUUGCUGCACAAAAAAGCAAAGGAGGACAAGAACCUGAAUGAGUCUAAGAACUGUGUGGAGAAGGACAUCAACACAGACCCAUGGCCAGGCUACCGCUACACAGGAAAACUACACCCUCACUAUCCACUGACUCCCAUGAGGCCCAUUCCCGGUGACAUCCAAAGACCUGACUAUGCUGAUCAUCCCCGAGGGAUAUCUGAGUCGGAGCAGUUUCUGAAGGGGACGUCACAGAUCAAGAUCCUGUGUCCUGAGGACAUUGAGGGCAUGAGAGUGGUGUGCAAGCUGGCACGAGAAGUCCUGGACAUCGCAGCGGAGAUGGUGAAACCUGGUGUCACAACAGAAGAAAUCGACCAUGCUGUACAUCUGGCCUGCAUAGCAAGGAACUGCUACCCCUCCCCUCUCAACUACUACAACUUCCCCAAAUCCUGCUGCACGUCUGUCAAUGAAGUCAUCUGCCAUGGCAUCCCAGACAGAAGACCAUUACAAGAAGGAGAUAUCCUUAACGUGGACAUCACCGUUUACCACAACGGUUUCCAUGGUGACCUCAAUGAAACCUUCUACGUCGGCGAGGUGGAUGAAGAAGCAAAGAAACUGGUUCAGACCACAUAUGAAUGCCUUAUGCAAGCCAUCGACUCAGUGAAGCCUGGCAUACGCUACAGAGAAUUAGGUAACAUCAUUCAGAAGCACGCUCAGGCCAACGGCUUCUCUGUGGUGCGGAGCUACUGUGGCCAUGGUAUCCAUAGACUUUUCCACACUGCUCCCAAUGUGCCACAUUAUGCCAAAAACAAAGCAGUUGGAGUUAUGAAGCCUGGCCACGUGUUCACCAUUGAACCCAUGAUAUGUGAAGGUGGCUGGCAAGACGAGACAUGGCCUGACGGCUGGACGGCAGUGACCAGAGAUGGGAAGCGCUCAGCUCAGUUCGAACACACCCUGCUGGUGACGGAGACCGGCUGCGAGAUCCUCACCCGCCGCCUGGAGGACAACGGUCGCGCUCAUUUCCUAAACCAAAUGUAGGCCGGACUUGAACGCACCAAGGACUGGACUUUCCAGACACAGACACCCAGCACCUCUGGGCCUCACACACACACACACACACACACACACACACACACACACACACACGUCAAAUGAGGCACCACUGCUAGAGCUCAGUGUAACUGUGGCUCUCAUUGUUCUUCAAAUUAAAUAUCGGUUCCUCAAAGUAAAUGGAAGUACUUGAAUGUGUGUUAUAUCCAACGUGGAUUGCUUUAUUAGUGAAAACUGUAUCCUCUGAAGGAAAUAUGAACGUAUUUAUGAGAUUUGGUUUCGCUUAGUGGUCAAGCUUGACAUCGGGCCUUUUUUGACCUCUGGAUCAUGUGAACCAGAGAUUUUACUGGCUGGCUAGUUGUUGUCUGUGGUGUGUGGAGCUCAGGGCAAAUCCAACUAGUACGCCAUGCUUCGCUUCUUUUUUUCCUCAGCUUCUGCUAACUUAAUCAGACUUCAUGUGAAUAUCCCAGAGAUGGACUGAAAAGACUCAGCAAUACUAGAGACAGUGGAGGGUAUCCUGGAAACAGGGUCAACAAGUCUGACAACCUCAACAACCAGCAACUCACAACAACAAAUAGAAAACACCAGAGCCAAAAACGUAUUUAAUACAAGUUUAAAUUGAAGGCAACAAAAAUCAUCCACUUGACAGUUUUUAUGCAGAUGAAGCAAAGAUUAAUGGCAGACACAUUUAAAGAAGUAGUUUGAAAUUUUUGGAAACAUACUGUCACUUUCUUGGCCAAAGUUAGGCAAGAAGAUCAAAACCACUCUCAUUUCUGUCCCUUAAAUAUGAAUCUACAACCAGGAGACAGUUAGCUUAGCAUGAAGACUGGAAGCAAGAAAAACAGCCAGCCUGGCUCCAUUCAGAAUUGGAAAAAAAAUAUAUAUAACCACCAGCACCUUGAAAGCUGUAUCUUCAUGUUGAAAAGGAUAGUCCACUCUAAAAGUAAAAAUAAAUAUUCAUCAUCUUAGCUGUAGUGCUAAUUAUCAGUCUUGAUUAUUUUGGUGCGUGUUGCCAAGAGUUGGAGAUGUCGGCCGUAAAGAUGUCUGUCUUCUAGUUCUCUCCAAAGUGCCGAAAAAUACAUUUUGAAAAACUCAACAGCAAUGUCUCUUUCCAGGAACUAUGACCUGGUUACUCAAGAUAAUCCAGUUUCAUGUAGGAGCUAUUUUCUUUCUACCUAACUACACCCACCAAUUCCAUCACAGCCUAGAAGGAAGUGUGCAUCUACUGCUACCUCACCUUGCACCACUGAGCUAAUGGUACAGCUCAGACAAAAGGAUGCCAUUAAUGUUUACAUCUUGCACUGUCAUGAGCACGAGCCCCUCGUCAAUGAGUAGAUGCACGCUUCCUUCUGUGCAGUGAUACGGUUGCUGGAUGAAGUUUCGUUCCUGCAUGAAACUGCUCACAACAAGGUCUGUGGAUUAUCUUGAGUAGUGUUUAUUCCAGUCUUUAUUCUAAUCUGGGCUGAGCUAAACUAACCUCUCUUGGCUGCAUCGUCAUAUUUACUUAUGUGUUGAAUUUUGCUCAUCAUCUUAUGCAAAAUUAGCAUUUUUCCAAAAUACUGAACUGAUUUCUGUACUGGCUUUGAAAGAAAAAUACUCAGUAAACAUUUAGUCUAUUUCUUCAUGUCAGCCUAUAAUUAUAGUACCAGAGGUGUGUACUACGAAGCAAGUUUGACACAGCUAGACUUUCGUUGUGUUAGCUGGCUUGUCAAAGCCUCCAGUUAUACCCAUACCUUGCUGUCGGCCUCUUGAAGCCAUAUUGCCUGACUCCCAGAUCUAAUAAACACUGCGGCACCCGGCUUAACGCAACCCACGUCACCAUGUUUCUUUUUGCCAAAUUUGUCUGACCUAGCAACAGUAACUAAGGGGGGUGGCACUUAGGACUGGAUUAUGCACAUAUGCUAUGUGCGAUUUUAUAGAAGACUAUAGGCUAUUUUAGAGUGUUGCAAAUAAUCGGGGGGACACUACAAACAACAACAACAAUAACAACAACCCUGCAAAUAAAACAAAAUGGUGGCACUAAUGUGACAUUGUGGCUUAACAAGUUUGUAUAUAUAAUAUAUUCCUUCAGCUGGGAAUCUGUUAUCACUCAUAGAUUAACUAUUGACUAUGCCCAAAAGAGUUGAUGGUGACAAGAUUUCAAUCUGAAACAUAACCUGCUUCAGACCAGGUUAGGUCAGCAUCGGCACAAGUUGCCAUGGUGAUCUAGCCAGUGUAAAAGAGAGCCACCUUCAAAGCAAUCACAUUGCCAAAAUAUUCUGGUUUUUGCCCUUCUUCCAAAAAUGACCGUAUUCCUACUAAGUUGUUUACAUGGCUAAUGAAAAUGUGUAUUCCACUGAUAAUUCUGUUUACAUGCAGCUCUGCGUGCUUUGAUUAAUGUGCCCUAACAUGCUGUUUUACAAAUCAAAAUACAGAACAGUGGAGCUCCUCGAGCUGCUCGUGAUUGUGCUUUUUCCUUUGCUUACUGGUGACGGACUUGUUCGAUCAUGCAAACAUAGCCUCUUUCCUUCCUGAAAAGAGCAGUGUUGGGAUAUUUGCACAUAUCCAAAAACCUGUCUUUGUCAUGUCAUCUCUAUACAACCUCUGCAACCUGUUGUAAAACCCCAAUUGAGACGUAUAUCUAAACGGAAUGUGCUGUUUACACGUCGUGCGUGAAGUUCAGAAUAUUGUCAUAUUUGGAAUAAUAGUGGAUUAUUAGUGUGCAUGUGAAACCAACCAAACUCGCUAACCCACUAAUUUGGCCUCAGAGUACACACCUCUGGUCUGCUAUCACGGUCUUAUUUACCUGCUGAUGUGUCCAGCACAAGCCCUCUACUUCAGUUAUUAUAUCUUGACUGUGGCUAUUAUUAGUGCGCCCACAGUUUUCCAGUAGAUUACGUCAGCCAUGGUUGCUAGGAGAAUUGUGACGCAACUACAGAGCAUCUCCAUUGAUAUCCAGAAUAAGAAUAACGACAUUGAUCACAAAGUCAUUGAAGUGCUGAACUUGUUAAUCCUGCUUUAAGGAAUAUUCUUUUGAGUGUCUCAUGUUUCCAAUAGCCCUGGUGUAGCAAAUUGAGCCUUAAUGUGUGAACCUAGGAGUUAAACUUGCCGGAUAUCUCGAGGCAUGUUAAUUGAUGUUUCCCCUUAUCUUGACAGUCACCGUUUACCUUGACGUGGGGAGUUUCCUGGUGUGAGCAGCAUCCAUUCUUUCUACAUUUUCAGAGGACUAAUGUGAUCACAGUUUCUCUGCCAUCUUUGUAUUUCUUCUAAUGGAGUAAUAAAUGACUCUUCUGUA